AUUACAGGCAAACUGACACUGACAGCCACUGGCCGAAGCUAAACCUCAAAAAACGCCUGACGCUCAUUUCGGCAAACACCUGUUGCGCGUCACCUCAUUGCCGACGCCCUCGCCCGAUGCGCCGCUUCUGCCAUGUCCCUCGCGGCCGGCGUCCGUCUGCUACUCCCCACGACCACCAACCGCUCCCGCCGCCGGAGUGGAUCGAUCCGUACCCUGACCUCGCGGACCCGAGCCCGUACGCCUCCGGGUCGGCGGCCCCGCCCACGCCGUCGCCGUGGCUGCCCCGCGUGAUCUCCCUCGUCCUCCGCUCCCCGCCGGCCACCCUCGCCGCCGACCUCCGCGCCUUCUGCAGGACCUUCCUCCUCCGCCUCUCCCCGGCCUUCGUCGCCGCCGCGCUCCGCUCCCCGCUGCUCACCCCGCACCCGCUCCCGUCGCUCCACUUCUUCCGCUCCCUGCCCAACGGCGCCGACCUCCUCGCGCACCCGCAGCACCACCUCAGCUGCUACGUCUCGCUCCUCCACUCCUUCGCACGCUCCAGGGAGACCAUCGGCCCGGACGCCGCCGGCCAGGCGCGGCAGCUCGUCGCGGAGCUGCGCGCGCACGGGGACGCCGUCCUGAGGCACCUCUCGCCGGCGUCAUCGGCUUCGUUGAUCCGCAGCCUCGCGGCGUUCGGCCUCUCCGAGGAGCUGCUGUGGGCGUGGCAGGCCAUGCGCCUCGCCGGUGUUGAGCCGUCCAGGCUCACCUACAACUGCCUGCUGGACGGUCUUGUCAACGCUGGCCUCCUUGACACCGCCAUCAACGUGUUCGACGCAAUGUCCACGGAAGAUCGCGUGCGUCCCGACGUGGUUUCCUACAACAUUCUCAUCAAGGGGUACUGCCGUGCGGGGAGGACGCAGGAUGGGAUGUCACGGCUUGCGGAUUUGAGGGAACAGGCAGAGCUCGCGCCGGACAAGGUGACAUACCUCACUCUCAUGCAGCGUCAUUACAGUGAGGGCACGUUUCCACAAUGCAUAGCACUGUUCCAAGAGAUGGAAGAGAGGGGAAUGGGGAAGGAAAUACCUCAACAUGCCUAUGUGCUGGUGAUCGGCGCGCUCAGCAAGGAUGGGAAACCAUUUGAGGCGCUGGCUGUGUUUGAGAGGAUGUUGAAGCGAGGUUGCCCAGCUAAUGCAGCCAUGUACACUGCGCUCAUUGACUCGAUGGGUAAAUUGGGGAGGGAGAAAGAAGCAAUGGCACUCUUUGAGAGGAUGAAAGCCAGUGGAAUUGAGCUUGAUGCGGUCACAUAUGGUGUGAUUGUUAAUUGCUUGUGCCGAUUUGGCAAUAUGGAGGAGGCACUUUCGUGCUUCAGGAGCUGUGUAGAGAAGGGUGUUGCAGUAAAUGCCAUUUUCUAUACAAGCCUAAUUGAUGGCUUUGGAAAAACUGGGAUGGUUGACCAAGCAAAGGAGCUCUUCGAGGAGAUGAUUGCUAAAGGAUUUGUGCCUGACUCGUAUUGCUAUAAUGUUCUUAUCGAUGCAUUAGUCAAAGCAGGACGAACAGACAUCGCGUGUGCUUUCUACGAGAGAAUGGAAGAUGAUGGUUGUGAUCAAACAGUGUACACAUAUACCAUUCUCAUUGAUGGUUUGUUCAAGGAACACAAGAAUGAGGAGGCACUGAAGUUCUGGGACAGCAUGAUUGAUAAGGGAAUCACCCCGACAGCUGCAGCUUUCAGGGUCCUCGCCAAUGGACUCUGCCUUUCUGGUAAAUUCAGCCGUGCAUGGAGGAUACUGGAUGAACUGGCUCCAAUGGGUGUGAUUCCUGAGACGGCUCAUGAGGAUAUGAUCAAUGUGUUGUGUAAGACUGGCAGAUUCAAGCAGGCCUGCAAAUUGGCAGAUGGCAUUGUGCAGAAGGGCCGUGAGGUACCUGGGAGGGUUCGAACGAUGAUGAUCAAUGCGCUAAGGAAAGCAGGAAAUACUGAUCUGGCAUUUAAACUGGUGCAUAGUAAGAUAGGCAUUGGGUAUGAAAGAUCUGGCAGCAUCAAAAGAAGAGUGAAAUUUCAAAGUCUGUUUGAAUGAUGAUCAGUGCGAUAAGGAGGAAAGCAGGAGAUACCGAUCUGGCAUGGUGCAUAGUAAGGUUGGCUUUGGGUAUGAAAGAUCUGGCAGCAUCAAAAGAAGAGUGAAAUUUGAAACACUAGUUGAAUGAGUUGCCGAUAUUCUUACUCAAAGGUUGAAGGCAUGUGUCCUGUUUCACUCAUGGCCUCAUGGGUUGGCCACAUUCCUUUAGAUUUCUGCAUCUCCAGCAGUAGGAGAAAACCUCAACCUAAAACUAGUUGUUAGGGAAGCUACAAACCUUUUUUCUGAGGGUUUUGAAAGGCCUCAUCUCCAAUCAAUAGAAUGAUAAAAUUCCAUCGGCAAUAUCUCUUCUAACAUGUGGGCUCCAUUUGUCAUUCAAUAUUUUAAUUUUUCCCCGCGCGUUUAUUUCUCUCUCUUCCCGCUCCGAGCGACGUAUCUGCUCCGCCGCCGCCCGCCGGAGAAAUUUGGACCGCAUCUGCUCCGCUCACCUUCGCGAGCACUCCUCCGCCUUUCCUCCGAACGGUGCAAGUGGGGGCGCCAGGAGCUUCGGCAAGGCAACACGAGAAGCUGCAGCAAGGCGGGUGUCUUCUUCCCCGCCCCCGGUGAUCUUAAUAACUUCGGUUAUCGGCUUCGGCGUCGGUUUUCGUAGCACACAGAACCGAUAUACCCGAAGUACCGAAGUACCCGAACUAUGCAAAAUGGAGGCAGUGAGGCACACCGCAGAGAAUCACUUGCCCAACCCACAAGGGCACCAGCGCCGCAUUCCCCGUCAGGCCGUCACUCCCCCGACUCCCGCACCAGCGCCGCAUGGCACCCUAACCCUAGUCACCGCAUCGGUCGCAGCGGCGGCGACGGCGGCGGCGGGCGAAACGACGGCGACGGCGACGGCGCGGCGCAUCGGGCUCCGACGGCGGCGGGGCGACGGCGCGGGGCACCACGCAGGCUCCAACAGCGACGGCGCGCGGCCGCGCAGGCUCAGAACCACCCACGUGAAGAUCUCCUUCCAGUACAAUGUCGGCAGCUACAGAGGAGUCCACCAACGUGAAUGAAAUGAUAGAGGUUGACGAGGAGGGCGAUCAGCAGUGCGAGGAGGAUGAAGGUGAACAGCAAGAGAAACAGAAAAACAAGAAAAGGAAAGCGAUUGCUCCAAGUUCAGAUGUUUGGGAUCACUUCACCAAGGUAAAAAUUGCAAAUGGGGAGGAAAGAGCCAAGUGCAAGUACUGUGGGAACUUGUGUCACUGUGAUACAGAGACAAAUGGAAAUAGCCAACUGCAGCCUAGUCAAGGAAAUUGUAGUGUUGGUACUCUAUCUACUUCGGAGUUUGAUCUUGAUGACCUUAGAAACAGUUUUGCUGAAAUGAUAAUUGAAGAUGAGCAACCAUUUGCCUUAUCUGAACGUCCUGGCCUUAGAAAAUUUUUGGCCAUCGCAUGCCCACAAUUUACUUUACCCUCUAGAAGAACAGCCACUAUAGCUUGUUUCAAAGUGUAAAGGUUUAAGAAAUGUGCUGAAUUAGCAAAGGUACAGACCAAAGCCUUUCUGACCCUAGAUGUUUGCACUAGGUGGGACUCUACUUACCUAAUGCUAAACACUGCACAGAAGUAUGAAAAUGCUUUCGAAAGGUAUAGUGAUGAAGACCCAUACUAUAAACUAGACUUAAAUGACGAGAAAGAUGGUCCAGGAGUUCCUGAAAAAUCAGAUUGGGAUAAUGCUAGGAAGAUGGCUGAAUUUCUUGAACAUUUUUAUGAACUUACUCUCCGUGUUUCAGUCACAAGUUGUCCAACAUCAGACACUUAUUUUCAUGAGAUUGCUGAUCUGUUGCUUUUGCUGCAAGAGUGGUGUGACAGUGAGGAUAGGUUAUGUAGUGAAAUGGGUAAGAGAAUGCUAGUAAAGUACUACAAGUACUUUGGGGAGAAAUAUGGAGAGAGGCUGGGAGACAGAGAGAAGCGAGGAGAGAAAGAUAAGGGGGAUCAAUUGCUGAACCUGAACUUCAUUGUUUAUUUCUGUGUUGCAAUUGAUCCAAGGUACAAGCUUUCAACUUACAUAAAGAUGGCUACGAUGAUCUUGUUUGGUGAUGAGAUAGGAGAAAAAUUGUGGGAAACAGUGAACACUUCUUUCCGUGCUUUGUUUGAAGAGUACAGAAAUAUGUAUGCUCCAAGUGAUAAUGCACCACAACGGCCCACUGAGACUCAAGAACCACCUCCAGAGAGCAGAAGGUCGUUCAAGUCCAUAAUUGCUGAGAAAUUGAGGAAACGUGGGGGUGCAAAUGCCACUACCAAAUCUGAACUUGACAAGUACUUUUCAGAAGACAACGAAGAGGAUACUGAAGGGUUUGACAUUCUUAAGUAUUGGAAGGGCAAUGCUAGAAGGUUUCCAAUACUGUCUCGCAUGGCCCGUGAUCUCUUAGCAAUUCCUAUCUCAACUGUACCUUCUGAAUCAGCCUUCAGUACAGGUGGACGUGUUCUUGAUGAUUUCAGGAGCUCACUCACACCAACAAUGGUUGAGCGUCUGAUUUGUGCAAGUGAUUGGAUUCGUGGAUCCAAUGUUGUUAGUGUUGAAGAGAAUGAAGAAGAAUUGUACAAGCUUGAGGAAGAACUGGGUGCCCUCACUAUUCCUAAGGAGACAACAGAGUCUUAAACAAGCCAAAAGUUUAAUGUUGUUGCUGUCUGGAAGGAGUGUUGGUGCACUCAUCUUUGAUUUAAUCAAUUUGUGGCCACUGUGUUUGCUUGUAAUAAUUGAAGUUUGAACCACUGCUAGUCUGUAGUCUGCUACUGGCCUUUGAACUUCAUGUAUUUGUUGCCUUGUUGGCUUGGUUAGUAUUGAAACAUCAACUGCCGAAAUGGUUAUUGUAGUAUUAUUUACUGUCCUAA